AUGUUUUCGAGAUUCAGAAUACUAGCGAGGCAGAACUCAACUGCAUCAGAGGCAGCAGUGUCCAGUGUCACCAAGGCACAGGCCAAACCAUUCGCCAGCAAAUCGUACAUCUUCCCGGCCUUGGAAGAGAUCAAAGCAGAGGAACUCGUUGGAAAGCCAUUCGGGCCAAAAUCACAUGCAUACUUCAUAUCGAGGACCAAGAAAGGCCAGUUGCCAGUUUACAGGACGUAUAGGCGUAAGGUUGCUUACACCGAGAUUAGAAGAGUUGAGGGUGAUAUAGUGCAACUGAGAAACGAUAUUCAGGCUGCGUUCCCAGAUAUCCAGAAGAAGGACUUCAACGUUGUGAUGCAAAGCUUGAGAAUAAUGAUCAGGGGUGAUCAUCUCGUACGUAUUACGGAUUUAUUUGGAAAGAAGUUUUAG